UUUCGAGAGCAAGGGAGGCAUCGUCACGCAUUUGGACAACAUCCUGGCUUUGGCGCUCCAACACUACUGCAACUGCAUUGUUGAAAAGGUACUUCCUGUUUACUCUACUUCUCCAGUGUCCCCUCCCUGCCUUCUUUACCCUUCCCCUCCAAGAAAAUGCCUGGCCUUGGAUGGAACAAGGGGGGUGGGACUAUUGCAGUUCCUUUAGGGGAGGUAAGAAGGAGUCCCUAAAGAAUUUUCCUACCUCUUUCAUUUGUCCAGAGAAUGUGCCCCUAGGGUAGGAGAAGAAGCCUUUCCCAACUCCUGUUCAUUUACCAUCCAACUAGACAUCCUUCAGGAGAACUUACUUGGUAAAAAGACAAUAACUUGAGUGACAAGAAAUCUAGCUAGGUUGGUCCUAACUUAAGAGUAAGUAUGAAGUUCCAGAAAGAGGUUGGUAAGAGGGGUGGCCUCUUCCCCAUAAAGAGGCCACAGGCUUUGCUUUCCUAAGCGGUCCUCAGAGGGAAGAGUCAAGAUCUCAACCUAGAGAAAGCUAUGGAAGCCUCAGCUUCUUGUCUCCCAGAUUUUGUGUAGGUAGUUUUCCCUUAACCCAAGAUCAUUCCUACCUUGGAAACCCCUGAGCAUACCGAUUGAUUCAGGAUAAGAACUUGAAGCUGGAGUACCUGGGCCCCUUAAGCAAGCUAACAAACAUCAUUAGCAGCCAGUCUAUGGCCUUUCAGUUCAAGUUCGUUCAGAAACUAGAAAUUGUAACCUUCAUGGUGGUAAGUACAACUCAGGAGGAUGAUGGUGGAAAUGCACGGAGGAGGGAGAGUGGGUCCUCAGGGAAACCAUGGGCAGUGUUCCUGGGCUUGGCCUGGAGGAGAAAAGUCCAGAUUUUCUAGUGUCCUUUUCCUACUUUAUUGUUCCUUUUCCUAUCCUCAGGGUGGGUGUGAGUACUGUGGGGAAGGUAUGCUUGGGAGUAGGAGAGAAGGCCUAUCCUUCUGAGUUUUUGGAAGUCCCUGAAAAUUCUAGGUUCUAGUUUCUUGUGAAUACAGUGUGGGGUGAGAAGAGGCGGAAGGAGGCAAGAAAAAUAUGUUCAUAUCCUCUUGGUCUCUCUUCUUUGGGUGGGUGUAUUACAGGAGUUAAUCAGGGAGGAGCCAUUGAAUUCCAUCUCCAGCUCCCUUAGGCUGAAGGCGAUGAAUAUCAUCACUGACUUCAGGAAUCUCAGUCCCCUCACAGAGGUGGAAGAAAGAACAGAUCUUCUCCGAACAUGCUGUAAGAGUGUGCUCUGCCUGCCACCCACAGAAGUUUUGCUGAAGGAGGCAUCCAGUUCCCAGGAGGCCAAAGACACUGUGGUGUCUCUUUGAUGUUUGUCUCUUUGUUCUGGACACAUGGCUGAAUUCCCAAAAGGACAAUGAGAGGGAACGGGCCAUGUGGUGUGCUGCCCGUAUUCUUGGCUUCACUGCAAAAAUGAAAACGUUGGAAGAUGGGAAGGAAAAAACAGGGCUUGUGGGAAGAAGAGGGCACGAGUGAAGUCUAUAGCCCCAACGUGUUCUAUAACAACACCUUUGAGAUUGCCAAGGCCUUUGCAGAGUACUUCACGCAGGUGCAGCUCACCACCCUGGUGCUGACGGCCAUGGAGGGCCUGACCGACAGCAAGGUCAAGGUGUCUCUGGCGCGGCCCAGCUGAUGAGCGUGGUCAUGAAAGAGCGUGGCGGAGACAUGAUUAAGAUUGAGGAAAUCGUGGAGGGGAUCCUGGACCGGCUCAACUCCCAGCUGGAGCUCAGCACAAAGGAGGAGGUUGUGCGGUGCAUGUGCUUGCUGGCCAGCAACAACACCCAGAGUGUUGUGCUUUUGCUUCUCAGCAAGUCCCUGCCUUGGGAUAGAACCAGUCUGGCCCUAUGGAAGGCAUUUGGCACCCAGCGAGAGACCACGAUCAGCGUCCUGCAGCUGCUCAUAGGCAUCCUGGAAAAAACCCACUCCAGAGAGGAGACCGAGGAGAUGGCCUUCCAGCCUGUGGCGGUGACAUGUGUCCUGUGUGAGAUGCUCUCAGGGUCCCUAUGCCAGGAGGCCGUCCAGGAGCUCUAUCCCUGGCUCUUGAUGGCUAUAUUAUGUCAUCUCUGCUGGGUGAUUGAGCAAAAUGUCCCCCAGAAGAUGGUGGUCUAUAGCAAGGAGGGGGCCCAGGCAGCAAGAGCAAGCCGUUUGACCCCACGAGGUAAGCCUAACCCCCUCAUGAUGGAUGGCUGGGACUAG